GAACUGGUAUGUGAUAAAAUGGCGUCAGUCGUGUUUCGUUUGAUGACCUCGUAAAAUAAUAAAGAUAGUUUUUAGUGUAAUACAGUUAUUGUAAAUAAGAGUUUUUCCUAUUUUAAGUUAAGCCCCAGUUUUAACACUAAUUACUUCGAAAAGGGCCUCUUAACGUAAUAGUAAGAGUGAAAUGUCCGAGGAGACAGAGCGGCACGGCGAGGGGUCGUGUGAAGGCGGCGCAGGUGGCGGAGGCUCGAGCGUUGCACGCGUGUUAUUGACCCCACACCAGCUCGACGCCGCCUCGGCCGAGUCACUCCGCGCCUCGUGGAGAAACCAGGACUUGUACAUUGAUCAUCUCGAAACUUUGAACAAACAGUUGGAAGGAAGCUUGGAAAAGGCGAAAGAGGUAGAAGAUAGGAUAAAACAGCAAUAUGCCGAGUCCCAGCACAGAGAAAAAGUGUUAGUUAGAAGGCUAGCUGCUAAAGAGCAAGAGAUACAAGAUUAUGUUAGUCAAAUAACUGAACUGAAGUCAUCACACGCAAGUCUCAACGGCAGGCCGACGCUUUUAGAUCCAGCUGUUAAUGUACUAAUUUUAAGGCUUAAACAAGAAUUAACUUCGACUAAAGCGAGAUUAGAAGAAACUCAAAACGAGCUCUCAGCGUGGAAAUUUACGCCCGACUCGAACACUGGCAAGAAACUUAUGGCAAAAUGCAGGCUGUUACAUCAGGAGAACGAAGACUUGGGAAGGAUGACGUCGAGCGGUCGGAUAGCUAAGUUAGAAGGCGACCUGGCCCUCCAGAAAAGUUUUAGCGAAGAAGUCAAAAAGUCGCAAUCAGAACUGGACGAGUUCCUGCAAGAGCUGGACGAGGAUGUGGAGGGCAUGCAGAGCACGGUGCUGUUCCUGCAGCAGGAGCUGCGCGCGUCGCACGCGCACGUGAACGGCGGGCGCGCGGCGUCGCCGGAGAAGCGCGCCUACUCGGGCAGCGACUGCAGCGAGCCGCCCGCCGGCAAGCGCCGCCGCGCCUCCGUGCUGUCGCUCGACUACAACGAGGACGACGACCCGCUCACCGUCACCAACGGCGACGCCGACUAGCGCAGGACCUCGGUGUUCGCCUACAGAACACGACGCUUCCCUAUGAACUAGUGAAACUUGUGAAACGCUAUCGUAUCUAUUUAGCCCUACGGCCAUUUCGUUGACUCGAAAUUAUUAUCGAUGAAUAUCAUUGUGAGUGAUCAUUACUGUCCAAUACUGACGUGAAACGCUGGUUCUGUGUCUAAUCACUCAUUUUAAAAACAUGUGAAAUGCUUAUUUAUUAGCAUAUAAAGUGUAUUCUUUAAAAUCUAUGUACUUUCAUUAGAAGACAUAAUAAAUAGACUAAUAUGUGUCAUUUCCAUUGACAAUUAAUUGGUGAUGAUUGUGUCUGUCGUGAAAAUGAGACUAAAGAAACAUUUGGUAAAAGCAUAGUUUGCGUUUGUAUGCACAACCAUGGACCAUGUGAUCAGAUAUUAGUGAAUCGUUUUUGACAUUGUUUUUACACUGAAAUAUUAAGACUAGACGCUGCAUUGACAAUUUUAUAAUUUAUUUAUAAUAAGUGAAUUAAUUGUGAUACUUAUUAGAGAGGCCCAAUGAUAUAUGGAUAAUGCAAUGAAUUGUGUUGCGAGAAUUAAAUGUUCGGUGGCAUUUAUUUUAUUUACAUGCCCGAGAAUGAUAUGAGGUCGAGUUAUCGGUAGCAAUAAUAUGGAACACCAUGCCUAAUGUUUUAAUAAUUGUCACGUUUUUAAUAAAUUUAUGUGAGUUUCAAUGUGAAAUGUUUCUAUUUUCAAAUUACAAUGAUUGUAUAUAAUAAUGUUAAUAAACAUAUAUAACUUGCAUCA